AUGACGUCCUCCGACCCGCCCGUCCGCGUCGUCCUCGUGAGCCACGACAAGAGGCCGCUGUUCCACUACGUCAAGCUCGCGCUCGACGCGCUGAAGUCCGACGCGCACGGCGACCGCGUCGUCGUGCGCCUGACGGGGAUGGGGAUGGCGUGCGCGAGGGUGGUCACGCUCGCGGAGCUCCUCAAGCGCGACGGCGCGUGCGUCGUGACGAGGACGAGGACGGGGAGCGUGAAGGGCGCGCGCGAGGGGGACCCGGACCGGGACUCGACGAAGAGCGCGAUCGAGAUGGACGUGACGCGGGGGGGAGCGUUCGAAGCCAAGGCGGGCGACGUGUUUCGAAGGAGGAAGGUCGAGGCUUCGUCUUCAGAACUACCUUCGUGA